AGGACGGACGGCCUGCUUCAGCCUCUCUCUCUCUCUCUCUCUUACUUAGACUCCACAUGUUUUUCACUUCAGUAUAUGUCUAGGUUUGGGGUUUGUGGGGUUUGGAUAGAUAGAUAUAUGAGAGAGCUGUAUAGAAAGUGACUUGUUUGUCAUUCCCACCUUCUUCUUCUUCUUAUCUGCCUCUCUUUCUUCAUCUUCUUCGGUUUCAGAGCUCCAUGGGGAACUGUCAGGCCAUCGAUGCUGCUGCUCUGGUGAUACAGCACCCGAGUGGGAAGAUAGAGAGGCUGUACUGGCCUAUAAGCGCCAGCGAGGUCAUGAGGUUGAACCCUGGUCAUUACGUUUCUCUGAUUAUCCCAUUGCCGGCUUCGGCUUCGGCUUCGGAUUCGGGUUCUGAUCAUCAUCACCAGGAGGAGGAGAUUCGGGAGCAGAAGAGUAGUGGUGGUGGUGCGGUGCGUUUCACAAGGGUGAAGCUUCUUCGACCUAAUGAGACUCUUGCUCUUGGUCAUGCCUAUCGUCUGGUCACUACUCAAGAGGUUAUGAAGGUGUUGAGGGCAAAGAAGUAUGCGAAGACGAAGAAGCAGCAGGUGGAAUCACUAAUUGAGAAAUCAUCACAGACGGCAGUGCCCGAGAAACAGAGUUCGAGUUGUGAGGCAGAGGACAAAGAAAAUAUCAACCAUGCUACAAAUCAUGAAAGGCGCCGACCCAGGACGGCAUCAGGGAAUGCUGCUGGUGCUGCAAUGAGGUCGAAAUCUUGGCGGCCCUCAUUGCAGAGCAUUUCUGAAGCUGCAAGCUGAAGAUCAAAGUGAUGCAAAACUCGAAUAUGGAAAAUACAGAGCAGCUGAUGAGAGAGUACUCCUGGAGUGUGGAAUAUUAGAUUCACCCAAAGUUCAUGGAUUUGGGUACCAAAGCUUUCUAAUCCAAUGUCAACCACAGACCAUAAACCAUUCAACCCAUGUUCCAAAGCAAUAAGAAAAUUUGUAUAGAGCAACACACACAAAUCACCGAAUCUGACUUUGUAUUAGAAGUGAAGUUUUCGUGAUAGACAUGAGUGUUCUUCAGUCUUCACCAUUUUUGUGAGUUUUAUAUAUAAACAGGAGAAUACAACAUUACAAAGUCAAAUUUAGACUC